AUGAGGAACAACAACACACACAUCUAUCACGUCAUGAGUCACGUCAACACACACAUCUAUGACGUCAUGAGUCACGACAACACACACAUCUAUCACGUCAUGAGGAACAACAACACACACAUCUAUCACGUCAUGAGUCACGUCAAAACACACAUCUAUGACGUCAUGAGUCACGACAACACACACAUCUAUGACGUCAUGAGUCACGACAACACACACAUCUAUGACGUCAUGAGGAACAACAACACACACAUCUAUGACGUCAUGAGUCACGACAACACACACAUCUAUGACGUCAUGAGUCACGACAACACACACAUCUCUCAAGUCAUGAGGAACAACAACACACACAUCUAUGACGUCAUGAGUCACAACACACACGUCUAUGACGUCAUGAGAGUGAAGAAGGGAGACCGUGUGUCCAUCUACCUCCCCAUGGUCCCAGAGUUGGUGUGUUCCAUGUUGUCGUGUGCAAGGAUCGGAGCCGUUCAUUCUGUGGUGUUCGCCGGUUUCUCCUCUGAGUCUCUGUGUGAGCGGAUCAUCGAUGCCCAGAGCUCAGUCCUGAUCACAGCAGACGGCGUGUAUCGCGGAGAAAAACUGAUCAACCUGAAGCAGAUUGUGGACGAGGCUUUGGAGAAAUGCAAGGAGAGAGGGAGUUCCACUGUGACCAAGUGCCUCGUGGUCAAACAUCCGGCUCUGAGGACCAAGGACGGAGCGGCCUGCAACAAGCUACAGGUCUGA